AUGAGUUAAAGCAAUAGAUUACCUUCAGAGUCUGAUUAAUUAGGGAAUUAUAAUUAUCCUCCUCGACCUGCUCCUCCAGCUGCAUCUUAGCCAUGUUGUUGUUGGUCUUUAUAAGUAAGAAAGAAGGAGGUUGAUGCAUUUUUGGAUAGUACUUCUCCUCCAAAAGUGUAUGCAGGUAUUUAUGUUAUAGGUUUGGUUUUUUAUAUUACUUACUUUGCUUGUGUUGUUAGCUAAUUCAAAACAAUCAGUGGUUUGUACCUUAAGAAAAAUUACUUUAGAAAUGGUUAAAUUAUUUUUGGAUCUUAAUUGGAUGGAACUCAAAGCUUUAGUAAUAUAGAUUAAUGUUAAAUUUAUAGCGAAGUUGAGCAGAAUAAGAUAUCCAAUUAUCUAAGUAAGCACACCAGUACUUUGGUAAACACUCAUUUUAUAGUUGGAUUUAUUGGAGCUAUGGUUUGUUUCUCUUUAAUAUUUCCAUUUUUUCCAAAGAAUGAAGAAAGCUAUAACCCAAGAACACUCACUCGCUAUUUACUCUGCUAUAUAUUUUUUUUAGAUAAUGCAAAGAAAUAUAAUAAUAACUCAUAUUUUAUAACUCGCUUAAUGGAAAAGUUUUAUAGUGGUAAUCUCCUUCUUCUCAUAUUUACUUCGGGAACAGCUGUAGGAUUUAGUCCACCUAUUUUUUUAAGAUCUGUAACUUUAGGUGAUGGAUUUUCAUGUAUUUCCUAAGGUGAUGCUAAUGUAAUAGACAACAUGAAUACUCUUCUUUAUGCUUUAAGUAUUGGAGUUUUUUGUCUUUAUGCUCUAUCUCUUAUCUACUUGGUUACAAACUGCAUUUAAAUUCAUAUCAUUAGAUUUACAUCAGUACUUAUUUUAACCAUCGUAGGAGUAGUUUGUAUUGUAGUUUCAUUUGUAAUAGUGAUUCUAUAUUCAACAAAUCUUGUCAAAGCCUUUUAUCUUAUCAGUCUUAUUAGCCAUUUUCUACAAUAUGUAAGCAUGUACCGAGUAUACAUAAAUGAAAAAUGCAAUCAUAGUUUUUUUAAAGAAGAAGAAGUAUGA